AUUUGAAAGUUCACCCGGAAACAUCAACGGCGACCGAGAGGAAAACAGUGUGCUCUUUAGUACAAUAAUGGCUCCAUGUUAAUUAAAUAUAGAAUAGUAUUAGUACUCGUGUGGUAGUCUGGCAGUGUGUUAAGAAGCCAUGUUGAAGUUUAAAUACGUGAGUCAGGGAAACCUGAAAACGCUGUCCUCCUCCUCCUCCUCCUCCUCCGAUGACCCCAUCACAAGCCGCUGCUCACGACUCAAUCAGGUGUUUCAGGGCCGCGUCAGUCUGUGUGGGCAUCAGGGAGGAUGUACUUUAGGACGAGAAGAGUUUCUGGAGGCUCUGCUGCUGCUCUACCAAGAGUGCACUUCCCCAGAGCUUAUGAAAAUACACCAUGUUGCGAAAUUUGUCAAUAAAUUUUCUGAAGUGGUCUCAGAGCUGCGUACCCUCCAGCCCGGGCUUCAUGACUUUGAGGUUCGUGCUGUGGUCGGUCGCGGACACUUCGCUGAAGUCCAAGUAGCCCGGGAGAAGGCGACUGGGGACGUGUGUGCACUUAAAGUCAUGAAGAAGGCAGUUUUACAUGCUCAAGAAAAAGUUGUUUUUCAUGACGAGGAGCGGAGGAUCUUGGCUCUGAACAGUAGUCCCUGGAUCCCUCAGCUUCUGUAUGCCUUCCAGGAUAAAGAUCACGUCUAUCUGGCAAUGGAGUACUUACCAGGAGGCGAUCUGAUGUGUCUGCUCAACCGAUACGAGGAUCAGUUCGAUGAGUCCAUGGCUCAGUUUUACUUGGCCGAGCUGGUAGAAGCCAUUCACUCCGUCCACCAGCUGGGUUAUGUCCACAGAGACGUCAAACCAGAGAACAUUCUCAUCGAUCGGACCGGUCACAUUAAGCUGGCUGACUUUGGAUCAGCUGCCAGGCUGACUGCUAACAAAACGGUUGCUGCUCCCACGGUGCCUGUUGGAACCCAAGACUUUCUCGCCCCCGAGGUCCUGGCGGCCAUGAGCGGGGGCGCUCACAACACCUAUGGGCUCGAGUGUGACUGGUGGUCUCUUGGGGUCAUAGCCUAUGAGAUGAUCUAUGGCAGGUCCCCCUUUUCUGAGGGCACUUCUACCAAGACCAUCCACAACAUCCUCAACUUCCAGCGUUACCUGAAGUUUCCGGAGGAGCCACGGGCCAGUAAGCAGUUUGCAGACUUGGUGCAGAGCUUGCUGUGCGGAGCGAAAGAGCGGCUGGAUUUCCAGGGACUCCGCUGUCACUCUUUCUUCUCCAGUGUAGACUGGAACAACUUGAGACACGUUCUCCCGCCUUUCGUUCCUGCGCUGCAUGCUGAAGAUGACACCUCUAAUUUUGAGGAGCCGGAGCAGGCAGCCCCCCGGCCAGCCUCAGCAGCCCAGCGAGGAGCUCUGCCAACGGGCUUCCAGGGCCAGGAUCUGCCCUUUCUAGGCUGGUUCUUCAGCAGAGCGUUGACGGUGUUGGCCAAAACCGAGUCAGUGUCUGCGGGCCUCAACUCUCCUGCUAAGACCAACUCCAUGGAAAAGAAACUGCACCUUAAAAGCAAAGAACUACAAGAAACUCAAGACAAAUGUCACAAGAUGGAACAGGAAAUCUCCAGGUUUCAGCGUAAAAUGACUGACCUGGAGUCAGUGCUCCACCAGAAGGAUGUGGAGCUCAAGGCCUCCGAGACUCAGAGAAGCAUCCUGGAGCAAGACCUCGCCACCUACAUUACCGAGUGCAGCAGCCUGAAGCGGAGCUUGGAGGAGGCACGUGUAGAGGUCUCCAGAGAGGAUGACAAGGCCAUGCAGCUGCUGCACGACAUACGCGAACAGAGCAACAAGCUGCAAGAAAUUAAGGAGCAAGAGUACCAUGCACAGCUGGAGGAGAUGCAGGUGACCAUCAGGCAGCUGGAGGAGGACCUGUCGGCUGCACGCCGUCGCAGUGACCUCUACGAAUCCGAGCUCAGAGACUCGAGGCAAACGAGCGAGGAGCUCAAAAGGAAAGCUGUGGAAUACCAGCAGAGAAUUCAGAAGGCUAAAGAGCAGGGAAAAGCAGAAGUGGAGGAGCUUCUUUCCAAGCUUGAGAAGACGAACGCCGAGCAGCAGGUGAAAAUCCAAGAGCUUCAGGACAAACUGUCCAAGGCAGUGAAAGCGAGCACAGAAGCCACAGAGCUGCUGCAGAAUGUCCGUCAGGCCAAAGAGCGACUGGAACGAGAUCUGGAGCGUCUGCGCGGAAAAUCCGACUCUAGUGACACUUUAAAGCGUCGCCUGAGAGAGACAGAGCAGGAGGGCAGGAAGACCCUGGAGAACCAGGUAAAGAGGCUGGAGAUGGUCGAGCGGCGGGAGAAUAAGCUGAAAGAUGACAUUCAGACCAAAUCCCAGCAGAUCCAGCAGAUGGCUGAAAAGAUCCUGGAACUGGAGGAAAACCUGAGGGAUGCCCAGUCAACAGCUCAGAGGAUGGAAACUCAGCUGGUUCAAAAGGAGAGGCUUUUUGAAGACAAAAUCAAGGUUCUGGAGGCCCAGAUGAAGGUAGACCUGGCUGACAAGGAGAGCCUGGAGGCCAGGAGGGCACAGCAGGAGGAGGAGUCCAGAGAGAACUGUAAACUUAUCAGCGAACAGAAAGCGACCAUUAACGCCAUGGAUUCCAAGAUGAAGAACCUGGAGCAGCGCAUCGCCGAGCUGUCAGAGGCUAACAAGCUGGCCGCUAACAGCAGCAUCUACACUCAGAAGAAUAUGAAAGCCCAGGAGGAAAUGAUCUCUGAGCUCCGGCAGCAGAAGUUUUAUCUGGAGUCUCAGGCCGGCAAGCUUGAGGCCCAGAACGCCAAACUGGAGGAGCACCUGGAGAAGAUGAGUCAGCAGGAGCAGACCAAGAGGACCCGGCUGCUGGAGCUGGAGAGCAGGCUGCGGGAGAUGGGCUUAGAACAUGAGGAAGAGAAACUGGAGAUCAAGAGACAGGUGUCGGAGUUGACCCUGUCUCUGCAGGAGCGCGAGUCCCAGAUCAGCAGCCUGCAGGCUGCACGUCUUGCCCUGGAGAGUCAGCUGCAGCAGGCGAAGACUGAACUGGAAGAGACCACUGCUGAGGCUGAGGAGGAGAUCACUGCCCUCAGGAAUCACAGAGACGACAUUCAGCGCAAGUUCGAUGCCUUGAGAGACAGUUGCUCAGUGAUCACUGACCUGGAGGAACAGCUCACACAGCUGAGUCAGGAGAAUGCAGAGUUGAACCGCCAGAACUUCUACCUGUCCAAACAGCUGGAUGAAGCAUCGGACGAGCGGGAGGAUCAGCUGCAGCUCAGCCAGGAAGUGGACCGCCUGAGGAGGGAGGUUGCUGACCGUGAGAUGCACCUCAACAACCAGAAACAGAACAUUGAGACGCUGAAGACCACAUGCAGCAUGUUGGAGGAACAGGUGGUGGAGCUGGAGUCCCUGAACGACGAGUUGCUGGAGAAGGAGAGGCAGUGGGAGGCUUGGAGAGGAGCUCUAGAGGACGAGAAAAGUCAAGCUGAGAGACGCACCAGGGACCUGCAGAGACUUCUGGACAAUGAGAAGCAGAACAGGCUGCGUGCAGACCAGCGCAGCACAGAGUCCCGUCAGGCUGUGGAGCUGGCAGUCAAAGAGCAUAAGGCUGAGAUACUAGCCUUACAGCAGGCUCUGAAAGAGCAAAGACUGAAGGCUGAAAGUCUGUCUGAUACUCUCAAUGACCUGGAGAAGAAACACGCCAUGCUGGAGAUGAACGCUCGUAGUUUACAGCAGAAGCUGGAGACCGAGAGAGAACUGAAACAGAGGCUGAUGGAAGAGCAAGGGAAACUCCAGCAGCAGAUGGACCUCCAGAAGAGCCACAUCUUCCGUUUGACUCAAGGCCUCCAGGACGCCCUGGACCAAACCGACAUGCUUAAGACUGAGAGGACCGAUCUGGAGUACCAGCUGGAGAAUAUACAGGCUGUAUACUCUCACGAAAAGGUGAAGAUGGAGGGAACCAUCUCCCAACAGACCAAACUCAUUGACUUCCUCCAGGCUAAAAUGGACCAACCUGCCAAAAAGAAGAAGGGUAUAUUCGGGCGUCGGAGGGAGGACGUAGGAACCACAACUAACGGGGCGAUGGCUCCGCCGGCCCAGCCAGCAGUUCCACUGCAGUAUGGAGACAUGAAACUGGCUUUAGAGAAGGAGCGAUCGAGGUGUGCAGAGCUGGAAGAAGCUCUGCAAAAGAUGAGGAUAGAGCUGCGAUCCCUUCGAGAAGAAGCGGCUCAUUUCAAAGCCCAGGACCACGUGGCUCCUUCCACGCCUGCCCAGGCUCGACAUCAAAUCCUAAUGUCGGCCAUUGUCAAGUCGCCAGAACAUCAGCCCAACCCCAGCGGCCUUCUCAACCCCUCCACUCGGUCCAAGGAGACUUCUACCCCCGAAGAAAAGAGGAGGGUCACGUUUGAAAAAUUCGGCCGUCGUGUAAAAGAACGAAUGCAUCACAACAUCCCUCAUCGUUUCACCGUGGGCCUCAACAUGCGGGCUGCCAAGUGCGCCGUCUGCCUGGACACUGUGCAUUUUGGGCGGCAAGCUGCCACUUGUUUAGAGUGCCAAACCCUGUGCCACCCUAAAUGCUCACCAUGUCUCCCAGCCACCUGUGGUUUGCCAGCCGAGUACGCCACUCACUUUUCAGAGGCUCUGUGCCGAGAAAAGGCAAACUCACCUGCGCUACAGGUCAAAGAGGCAAGCGGGCAUGUUCGCUUGGAGGGAUGGAUGAAGCAGCCCAGAAAUGGUAAGCGUGGCCAGCAGGGCUGGGAGAGGAAGUACGUGGUCCUCGAUGGAACUAAAGUGUCCAUCUAUGAAACUGAACCAAGAGAAGACUGUAUAAAGGCUGAGGAGGAGUUUGAGCUGUGUCUGCCUGAUGGAGAGGUGACUGUUCAUGGAGCCGUUGGAGCCUCUGAGCUCAUCAACACUGCCAAGUCAGACAUCCCAUACGUGCUGAAGCUGGAAUCGCAUCCACACACCACAUGUUGGCCGGGCCAGUCCCUCUACUUCAUGGCUCCCAGCUUCCCUGACAAGCAGCGCUGGGUGGCAGUGCUGGAGUCGGUCGUGGCUGGAAGCCGUGGCUCUAAAGACAAAGUGGAUGCUGAUGCUGCAGGUGUUUCUAAAAGACAGAAGAACCUAUCCCCCCUGGUUCAGAAACUUCUGGGCAAUUCCCUGUUGAAGCUGGAGGGCGACGACCGUUUGGACAUCAACUGCACUCUGCCUCUCACCGACCAGAUCGUCUUGGUCGGCUCUGAGGAGGGUUUGUACGCUCUGAACGUCAUAAAGAACUCUUUGACCCACAUCCCUGGCCUGACCUCCGUCUUCCAGAUCCAGAUCCUGAAGGAGCUCGAUAAGCUACUGAUGAUCACUGGGGAGGACAGGGCUCUCUGUCUGGUGGAGAUCAAGAAGGUGAAACAGUCUUUGUCACAGUCCCAUCUCCCAGCUCAGCCUGACCUCAACCCCUUCAUCUUUGAGACAGUCAAGGGGUGCCACCUCUUCUCAUCUGGAAAGAUCGACAAUGGGAUCUGCAUCUGUGCUGCUAUGCCAAAUAAGAUUACAAUCCUGCGACAUAAUGAAAGCCUCAACAAGUUCUGCAUCAGAAAGGAAAUUGAGACAUCAGAGCCCUGCAGCUGUAUCCACUUCACCGGCUACAGCAUCAUUAUUGGCACCAACAAGUUCUAUGAGAUUGAGAUGAAGCAGUAUGUGCUGGAAGAGUUCCUGGAUAAAAACGACGUGACACUUGCCUCGGCCGUCUUUGCUGCCUCCUCCCACAGCUUCCCCAUCUCAAUCAUCCAGGUCACCACAGCUCCACAGAAGGAUGAAUACCUGCUCUGUUUCCAUGAGUUUGGCGUGUUUGUUGACUCGUAUGGCCGCAGGAAUCGAAGUGAGGAUAUUAAAUGGAGCCGCCUGCCUCUCUCAUUUGCCUACAGAGAGCCUUACCUGUUUGUGACCUACUUCAACUCUCUGGACGUUAUUGAGAUUCAGGGACAUUCUGCUCUCGGGCCUCACUCAUACGCACAUCUGGAUAUCCCAAACCCGCGGUACCUUGGCCCCGCCAUCUCCUCUGGAGCCAUAUACCUGGCUUCAUCCUACCAGAACAAACUCCGGGUCAUUUGCUGCAAGGGAAACCUGGUCCAGAGCCACGAAGGUGGAGGAGACCUGCAGCGUAACGGCUCCGGACGCAGUCCUAACAAGCGUGGACCUCCUUCCUACAAUGAGCACAUCUCUAAAAGGCUGGCAGCCAACCCUCUGGUCCACGGAGAUCCCGGCACGCCUCACCGCUACCGAGAGGCCCGCACCGAGUUCCGGCGGGACAAGUCCCCCAGCCGUCCACUGGAAAGGGAGAAGUCUCCAGGGAGAAUGCUGGAGAGCCGGAUAGCCGGGUCUCCUGGCAGGGCCAUGGCGGACCCGAGGUUAGAGCGCUCCCCGGGCAGGGCCAUGGCGGACCCUCGCAUGGACCGCUCCCCUGGCCGGAUGAUGGAUGUUCGCAGGGAGAGGUCCCCGGGACGUUUCGAGGAGCGUCAAAGGCUUCACACUGGCUCUGGACGCACGCCCAUAAAUCCUGUUAACAAGGUCUGGGACCAAUCAUCUGUUUGAGAGACAGCAGAGCCCCACACGCCCCAUCACGGACAGAGAGAUUGAUCUUUGUAAAGAGACGGGAAGGAAGAGAACCAGUGAGAAUGUCACCAACUCAUGAUGAAACACUGCCACACGUCUGUUUUGCCUGACAUCCAAACUGAAAAACCCCACAGAGGAAAACAACUGUAGCCGUGAGAACGUAGAGCUGGAUGAGAACUAGACGAAUAAAGAGAUGUCGUUAGAAUCAGGUUAUUUUUUCAGCGAAGAUCAACAAAAUGCCAUAUGAACAACUUGAGCAGGGUUUUUUUUUUUUUUUUUUGCGAUGCAUUUUAGCGUGUGUUCUCUACUCUCAGUGAAGGAUAAUUAGGGAUGAUUUCUUCUCCUACAAAGAAAAUCUAAGAGUUCUAACACUUGAAUUGGUGUGUUUUGCAGGCUACAGUUUACUCCAGACUAUAGUGGCUACAAUAUACAAGCACAGCCGUAGUAACGUCAUCUCUGCAAGUCAUGCCUAAAUAUUUACAAAGUGAAAAAACGGCAUAUAUAACACUGGUUCCUUUUCCACACUCAGUCUGCUCUGUCCACAGUAGCUACAGAUCAGGGCAGAUGUUUAGCAGAUUGUGCGUCUAGUAGUACUUGUGGCUCCAGCCCUGUGCUGACACGUCAACACACAAUCAUUAUAGCGGCUAAUUACAAUCAUUGUCGGCUCAGUCCUCUGUCGAGACUUGGUUCAGUGAUGCUGGCAGGACUUGGCUGGAGCAACAAAUAAAUUGAAUUCAAUUUAAAUAAACGAACAAUCGCCCCGCGCGUAGAACCACAUGUCUGCCCAGGAGUAGGUUGACACUAAAACUGCACUACCCACAAUCCCCAGCAGCAAUGGAGCAGGACCUUUCUAAUCCUCCAGAACGCUAUCUGAUUGUAAAUAGACGAGACAUAAUUUUAUAUAUAUUGAGAAGGAAUUUCAAGGCUGGUGAAGCCAUGUCUAUUUUUGUUAAAGAAAAAAAAAAAAAAAACGUGACAACGUGUCCUCUUGAAUGUCCGAUAAGUAUUCUUUUAAUAUGUCCAAACGUCCUUUAUCAAGUGAGUGAUUGUAUCUGGAUCAAACUCGUGUUAAUGCACUUCCAUCUGUCAAAGGCAAAAACCUCAGUGCUUAAUUAUAUGACAGGAGGGGGGAAAAAAAAUCAUGUUUGAAGCUUACAGCAUCGUACUUGAGCAUUUCUUUUUGUACAAUGUCCCUAACUAUUGUAUAUAACCCAGAAAUUGUUAAAGGUGAAGAUGAAAAUAAUCUUUUUUUUUUUCUUUUCUUAUUUUUUUUUGCUAUUUUUCUGAUUCGUAAAUGGCAUGGAUAUGUAUAUCUGAAAUGAAACAGAGUGUUGUCUUCUGCUUCCGACUCAUUUGGGUUAUUAUGCCACAAUUUAACAACAAAGCACGUGAAUAAUAUCUCCUUACUUUAAACUAUUACCUACUUGCACAAUGGAUUCAUAUCGCUCCCUAAUCUCUGCUUUUCCUUUUAUGAAGGCACUCUUGGCAAGUUAAAACAUCCUGUUCGAUCUGAAAAUAUGCUGAAGAUCGCCCGGCUAACAUGAUUCUUUUUUUCUUUAUUUUUAUUUCUCUACGUCAUAAUUUGAUGUAUGAGUAUUUAUCAGGGGCGGGUUUAUAGUAAUGUUUUUUGAAUGUAAGCAGAUGCCACACUUUAACUUGCCCAGCGUGUCUAUCAACGGUAAGAUGCUCAAUUUGAAAAAUCUUCAACUCCUUCAACUUUUUUUUUUUUUUAAAUGUAAACACAAAUCUUCCUGAAUGUAUUAAAGCCAAGAAGAUAUAGAGCUGAUUCUCCGUAAUGCUCAACGAAAAGCACCCAAAGCAACCGAUUGCACACAACUGGUCUUUACAGGACUCUGUACAAAAGGGUUUUUAUUUCAGUUUUAAUUUGUUUUCUCAUGUUCCUGAACCAUAAUGCCGUAACGCUGGAUAUGAUAUUGAUGUCUGCUAACAAAUGUUUAAUUAGCGUUCCCUGUAGAGAUUUUGUCACAGAAUAUUAAAUAUUAUAACCAUUGUCUUUCA